ACGCUAGUCCCUCAACAAGCGGGUCAUGGCUAGAAGGGAUCCAAUUUUUGUCAAAUUAAUUAAAAAAAAACGUUUUUAAAUUUAAUUUUAGUUCAUCCUAACCGUAUCCUGAUCUACUGCGUAAAUUAUCCUAAACUGCUAUGAAAAGUCUAAUCUGAUGUUAAUUUGACAAAAGCUGGAUCUCUUCUAGCCUUGACACUGGAAUCGACGCACUGUUUGACGUAAUGCUCUCAUGUAGACAGUUUUCAGCAAGCUUGACAGCGUUCCACUGCCAGGAUUUAUUGUGAAGGCUGAUAGUCUCAGGCAGUGACAUGGCCAACCCUUUGAGGAGAGAGGUUAGACAGCUGUACAAGAAUCUUCUGUAUCUGGGACGGGAAUACCCCCAAGGAGCAGACUACUUCAGGGAGCGUCUGAACAGUGCCUUUAUGAAGAACAAAGAUGUCACAGACCCCAAGGAGAUCAGAAAGCUUGUCGACUGUGGAGAGGAUGUGAUUAAGGAACUGGGGACCCUGUACUAUCUGAGGGAAUAUAGAACCAUGAAAAAGCGUUUCUACGAAGAAGAAUUGUUAGGCCUGCUGAAUAUAGGCAGGCCGAUAGACUGAUAGCCUAGCUGUUUGGCAGCUGAAUCUUCAGUAUGCGGGUUGCUCCAUGAAUUGAGAACAUUUUGGGUUGUUUAACUUGGUCCCCAACAAAUAACGAUUUCACCUCAUUUUAACAUGUUGUCAUAAAGAGCACAUGUUCAACUUUGUAAAAACAUAUUUUUCCAUGUCAAGGGCUGAAAUAAACAAAUGACUAGUAAGUGCUAUUAAAGUAACAGGGUUGACGUAACAGGUUUGAAGUUUUCAUCUUAAAUCUGCCAUAAAUCCCCUUUCGACAGGGAAUUUGAACUGGUUAGCAACAGGAAGGGGGAUUCGAAUGCAAGCUUCACAAACAUUUUUAAUUAAAAAAAAAAGAUUUCUAACCUAAAUAUAGGUUGACAUGCUAUCCUCGAUGUGAUUUGAUUGAAUGACAUGAGAAGUCCUAGAGUACCCUCUUCCUUUUGUCUUCUCUCACCUAUUCUUUCUGAAGUUGCUCCUUUUCAGCCUAAGCCAUAAUGAGCUUGCCUCCUUUCUUUUUGGCAGACUUGAACCAAAUCAACAAUUCAACUUGAUGAAUAUAAAUGUGAUCAUAGACACAUUUCCAAGCUACUGUAUGCUUGCAAUUUGUGAGCAUUGGAAAAGUGAGUAAAAGUAAAGAACAUAUCUAAAGACUAAACUCGGGUUGCUUGGGAGAAAUUGAAACAUGUUAUAUUCAAUUUAGCUAGCUCGGCUUAUAUCUACUAGAUCUAAUAUCUCUCAUGAAUCUAAUGUAGAGAGAUAUAUGCUAUUAAAAACAAAGUUAACUUUGCAUCCUUGGGUAGCUUACAAGGAAAGAACAUGGAGAAUAGAAAGUUAGGAGAUAUAGUAUUUAGUUGUAGCAAGAUAAGGCUGAAAGAACCAAAACACAGACUUGCAGCAUGCUUCCAGGAAAAGGAAGCUGAUUUGCAGUCACUUGCUCACCUUGAGUCCUAGCUAGCUAGCUAACUGGUAAAAUAACUUACUCUGGCUAGUAACAACUGGCUACUUAUGCAACUAGCUACUUGGCUUGUAACGAGCUAGUAACCAGAAUAUUAAUUUUCUAACUGGUUAGCUUGCUUUAUAGGUAAUGAAAUAACUAUUGUUAUUGUUUUUGGGGGUCUAGCAUCGUCCAGGUUUGGCCGGUGUAGGCAGUCAUUGUAAAUAAGAAUUUGUACUUAACUGACUUUCCUAGUUAAAUAAAGAUUAAAUAAAUAAAAUACAAUUUAAAAAAACAA